GUUCGAUAACCUAAGCUGCCGCGCAAACGUUCCGAUCUUUAGAACCUUUAUUUAGUGGCGUGCUUUGUCCUAAAAUCAAAACAAAAGCAUCGACAUGAACGACAUCAGCAUGGAAUCCCAAAACACUGGGGACAAUGGCGACCAUGGGACCGACAUUACCAAUACCCCCAACACUACUAGCCAAAAGGUCGAUCCCACAGCCAUUCCAGAGAUCCUACUCAACGUCCUCAGUUUCCUAGACCGUGAUUCCCUUUGUGCCUCCUCCAGAGUAUCCCGCACCUGGCGCUCCCUCGCUCUUCUGAUUGCAUGGCAAAUCUGUCAUAUCAGCAGCGAGAUAUUUUGUAUUGCAUUUCAGGAACGAGAUCGAGACUGGUAUAAGCGGCAGGAAGACGAGGCACGGCGGCACAAUACGAACUCGUGGUGGAGAAAUCAUUGGGACGACAAGGAUUAUGUAAAGUGCGUCUCCAAAUUUCUCAAGAACUGUUUUCGAAUCCGGUCUCUCACCAUCGCCUCUAAGGAAGCGGGUCAUAAAUGGCCACUCUAUGCUGGAUACCCUGGCGAACAGGCAAAAGCCGUGGCGAAAGGCGACUCUUCAAAGCCUGCUGUGUACAGACAUCCUCCAGGACUUGACAACUUGGUUCAUCUCCGCCUGCAGGCGAGUUAUCCUGAAGCGGAAACCAUGGACAGGCAGGAACUCCUCUACAAUCUUGCGACAUCACUAGCCGGCAGAAAUCCAGGACUCCGUGACUUGGAAGUGGAGGACGUUAGCAGCCGCUGGAGCGAGGAGGGAGGCUCUAUCUACAGCUUGCUAGCCAAGACGGGCGGAUCAUUGGAAAGGCUAUCGAUCAGCUGUAUAUUUCGCGGACGGGAGCUUUAUCUUUUGGAGUAUCUGCUGAGUAGUUGCGACGAUUAUCAUUGCCGUUGUUCCGAUGAAGAAUGCGACUCAGCAUACCCAUGUAUGGAACAUGGACCCUACAACCUCAAAGAGCUCAUCCUCGAUAAUAUGUGCGGCUCGUGGCUUAGUGAACGUGAGAGACUUGACUGGACUGCCUUGGAUCUCCUUGAUGGCACCCUCUCGAUCCGCUCGUUAAGUGUUCUGGAGUAUGAGACAGCCACUGCUAGGCCCGAGGAAUUCGACGAGGAAACCGAACAGCUCACGGACUAUCUUCCGGAAAGCUCUAUCUUGGCUAUCCUGCGACUCUGCCCAGACCUCGAACGCCUCCGUGUCUCAUACAAGCUCCUAGAAACGCUUCAAGCGACGCCGGGCAAGGGCCGCUUCCGAGCUCAGGCCUUAGAGGUGAUAGACCGUCCUAGAACACAGCACUGGUGGAUCCCCGAGCGCGACAACUUCGUGACCGAAAUGUUUCGACUCUGCCCAAACCUCACCACCAUCGACUUUGGGAUGAUGUACGAAUUGACUACAGAGCACUGGGUCGAGAUGAUGGAGCUAUACGGCCCAAAACUACAGUCCUUGAGCGUGUGGUGCGCAGAAGAGUUCAGUUCUACAGCAUUGAUGGCUCUUAUUGGCGCGCCAAUCGACCACCCUUCAAGAACCCUGAGCGACUCCACAAGCAUGCACUGCCUGACACACUUGGAUAUUAGCGGUUUGAUCCGACUACGCCAUGCGGCCCCAAUGGUAUUCAAGCACCUCGCUGCGCUGACGCACUUUCGUGCAAGAGACAUACCUAUGGAUGCUUCGGUCAUACUGGGGUUCGACUGGGUUUGCACUAAGUUGGAAGUCCUGGAGAUUUGGGUCGCGGUGCCACAGGAGUACGGAGCAUACGAGCAAGAAUGGCAGUGGGAUGACGAGAACCAGGGAUGGAUUGUGGCCGAUCGGACGUUAAGCGGCGAGGCACUGCUCGAUUGGGAUCGUCAAAGGGUAGCGCGGGUAUUAUCCGGACAGGAGCAGCGACAUGAGGCGUCGUCAACGUUGAAGAAAAUGCGAAAGGUCCUGCUACGCGGAGGCGAAGGCGAAGGCAUAGACGAGGAUAAGGAGAAAGUAGGAGGUAAACGACCGAGGGGGGAAGAGAAGGAGGCGAAGCGUUCGAAGAUAAGAGAGAAUGAAGACGAUGAGACCAAGGAGAAGGAACGCGAGGACAAGAAAGGACAUAGGAGCAAGAAAGCGCGCAAGGAAAGGAAAGAGAACAAGGAGCGAAAGGAUAAGGAGCACAAGGAAAAGAAGGAGCGCAAGGAAAAGAAGGAGCGCAAGGAAAAGAAGGAGCGCAAAAAGAAGACACAACGCGACGAUAACGAUAAUGAGAGCAGGAAGCAUAAAACAACUAAUUCAGCUGGCCCACGAAAGCGUGCGUACUCAUCGACCGCACAGGAACUCAAGCAAUUGCAGAAAAAGACCGCCAGGGCGCUCCAAGUUCUUAUCUGCGAACAACUCGGCCGUCUCACCAAACUCCGUGAGCUGACGUUGGAGGGCGAGCAGGAUUUUUGGAUGGAGGGUCGCAGAUGGGAUUGCCUGGCAUUGAGCAUUGACACAGGACUAUCUCUUCUCAGGCCAUUACAGCAAAAUCUCGAGACGCUGGUCGUCUAUCAUCUGUACGAGCAUCUAUCUGGACAAGCGGAAGUCGAGUGGAUCGCGCGGAAUUGGAUCCACCACCGUAACAAGCGCUGGCUGCGCGAACAUCCGUUAAGAAGGAACCAGUCAAUUAAAAGAGAAAGAUUGGAGGAGGAUGAGGAUGUCGGGACUGGUCAAGACGAGGAUGAGGACAUAGAGUGCGAAGAUUUGUUCAUCCCCUCCCCAAAGUUCAAAAGUCUAUGGGGUGUCUCGGCCCGUGGCCAUGGAUGCUCAACAACGGUAGCCCACUCGAAUUUGGCCUGGCUAAAGGAGCAAUGCCCCUCUCUAUGCAUCACGAAGGACCAGGAUAGCAUCGAUGAUGAUUAUUCUUUCAUGUACAGCCCAUUCCAACAGGUGUAGUAACUAUGGAGUCUCUCGUUCCAUCUAUUCUUGAAUAUCAUACUGCUAUAUUGCAAA